GCCCCCAACAUCUUUCACUCCAUUAACCGUACAAUCUAGUCACUCAGGCAUACAGUUUCCACCCGGGAAAUGGCUUCUGUUUGUCCUUCUUCUGCAAUUGCAGCUGUGGCUAUCUCCUCUUCCAGUUCUCAGAAAAGUGGAUCUGUGGUGGGGGCAACAAAGGCAUCUUUCCUGGGUGGGAGAAAACUGAGACAGAAGAAGUUUACAGCACCAGCAGGACCACGAUCGCUUUCCGUCUCUGCUGCAGCCGCCGAUGCUGAUCGGCCUCUCUGGUUCCCAGGAAGCACCCCUCCUCCAUGGCUUGAUGGCAGCCUUCCAGGAGAUUUUGGCUUCGACCCACUUGGUCUUGGAUCUGAUCCAGAGAGCCUGAGAUGGAAUCAGCAAGCUGAGCUUGUGCAUUGCAGAUGGGCAAUGUUAGGUGCUGCAGGCAUCUUCAUACCCGAACUCCUCACAAGGAUUGGGAUCCUUAACACUCCUUCAUGGUACACUGCUGGAGAACAACAAUAUUUCACAGAUACUACCACCCUCCUCAUCAUGGAACUCAUCUUCAUUGGUUGGGCUGAGGGGAGACGAUGGGCGGACAUCAUAAAGCCUGCCUGCGUAAACACGGACCCAAUCUUCGGCAACAAACUCACUGGGAUCGACGUUGGCUAUCCUGGUGCGCUCUGGUUCGACCCUCUUGGUUGGGGGAGUGGAUCACCGGAAAAGCUCAAGGAGCUGAGGACGAAGGAGAUAAAGAAUGGGAGGUUAGCCAUGUUAGCAGUAAUGGGUGCAUGGUUCCAACAUAUCUACACAGGAACUGGUCCCAUUGACAACCUCUUUGCCCAUCUUGCUGACCCAGGCCAUGCCACAAUUUUUGCUGCUUUCACUCCCAAAUGAAGAAAGCACAGGAGGACUGAUUCUAAUGGGAAGAAAUUCAUUAUCUUAGUGUAAAUCUAAUGCAGUGGUGGGAACAGGAAAGGUGAUGGUCCCAGAGGAUGUCCAUCUACACUUUGUAUUGCCAUAUGUUCAUGUCUUCUAUUAGGAUGCCCAUGCAAUGUACGAAUACCUUUCUACCAA